AGAUGGCUGCGCCCUUGUAAUACCGCUGGCGGCCCUUGACCUAUUUUUUUCUACCUUGUCACCUGACCCCUGUGGUGGCAGGCUGAGCAUGAGGACCAUGCUAGGCCGGACCCUCCGAGAAGUUUCUGCGGCACUGAAACAAGGCCAAAUUACAUCAACAGAGCUCUGUCAAAAAUGUCUCUCCCUUAUCAAGAAGACCAAGUUUCUAAAUGCUUACAUUACUGUAUCAGAAGAGGUGGCCUUCCAGCAAGCUGAAGAAUCAGAGAAAAGAUAUAAGAAAGGUCAGUCACUUGGGGAUUUAGAUGGAAUUCCUAUUGCAGUAAAAGACAACUUUAGCACAUCCGGCAUUGAGACAACAUGUGCAUCAAAUAUGCUGAAAGGUUAUGUACCUCCUUAUAAUGCUACAGUAGUUCAGAAGUUGUUGGAUCAGGGAGCACUACUAAUGGGAAAAACAAAUUUAGAUGAGUUUGCUAUGGGAUCUGGAAGCACAGAUGGUGUAUUUGGACCGGUUAAAAACCCCUGGACUUACUCAAAACAAUAUAGAGAAAAGAGGAAGCAGAAGUUGCCUGGUGAGAAAGAGGACUCAGAUUGGCUGAUAACUGGAGGAAGCUCAGGAGGGAGUGCAGCUGCCGUGUCAGCAUUCACGUGCUUUGCGGCUUUAGGAUCAGACACAGGAGGAUCAACGAGAAAUCCUGCUGCCCACUGUGGGCUUGUUGGUUUCAAACCAAGCUAUGGUUUAGUUUCUCGUCAUGGUCUCAUUCCUCUGGUGAACUCGAUGGAUGUGCCAGGAGUCUUAACAAGAUGUGUGGAUGAUACAGCUAUUGUGUUGGAUGUACUGGCUGGACAUGACCCCAAAGAUUCUACCACAGUACGAGAUCCUGUUAAACCAUUCAUGCUUCCUAGUUUGACAGAUGUGAGCAAACUAUGUUUAGGAAUUCCAAAGGAAUACCUUGUACCAGAAUUAUCAAGUGAAGUUCGAUCUCUUUGGUCCAAAGCUGCUGACCUCUUUGAGUCUGAGGGAGCCAAAGUAAUUGAAGUAUCUCUUCCCCACACCAGUUAUUCAAUUGUCUGCUACCAUGUAUUGUGCACAUCGGAAGUGGCAUCAAAUAUGGCAAGAUUUGAUGGACUAGAAUAUGGUCACAGAUGUGACAUUGAUGUGUCUACUGAAGCCAUGUAUGCUGCAACGAGACGAGAAGGGUUCAAUGAUGUGGUGAGAGGAAGAAUUCUCUCAGGAAACUUUUUCUUAUUAAAAGAAAACUAUGAAAAUUAUUUCCUCAAAGCACAGAAAGUGAGGCGCCUCAUUGCUAAUGAUUUUGUAAAUGUUUUUAACUCCGGAGUAGAUGUCUUACUAACUCCCACCACCUUGAGUGAGGCAGUACCAUACUCAGAGUUUAUCAAAGAAGACAACAGGACACGAAGUGCCCAGGAUGAUAUUUUUACACAGGCUGUAAACAUGGCAGGUUUGCCAGCGGUGAGUAUCCCUGUGGCACUCUCAAAUCAAGGGUUGCCAAUAGGACUGCAGUUUAUUGGACGUGCAUUUUGUGACCAGCAGCUUCUUAAAAUUGCCAAAUGGUUUGAAAAACAAGUACAGUUUCCUGUUAUUCAACUUCAAGAACUCAUGGAUGAUUGUUCACCAAUUCUUGAAAAUGAAAAGUUAGCUUCUGUUUCUCUAAAACAGUAGUGAUAAAUAUAUCAUACAAAUUAAAAUGACUUUUAAUAUAC